CCUCACCAUAUUGCCCUGCCCACCGCCCACGUGCCAUUUUUUGAGCCCGCAUAUCUUCGGCGCCAUCUGCGGUACCUUCAAAGUUGCUAUCACCACCGUUUGCGACCAGUGCACGCCCUUCGAAACGCGUCGCCCACGGCACGCUCCACCACGAUGCCUGCCCGCAAGCGCGCCGCGAGCGAGAUGGAGGUGGAAGGGGGUGUCGAGACACCGAGCACAUUACAGAGGCUGCGCAACAUGUGGCAGUUCGCAAACCUCGCACAGUACAUUGCUAUUUUCGGCGACGCAGUCAAGAUCGACAAAGACUUUGACAUCGAGGAGCUGGAGUCUGAAUGCUUGAAGCCUGGGCCGUCCGAGAAGCUUGCGCAGAUCGGGCUGGCGCUUUUGAAGCAUGUGUCUUCACACAAGGGUCUAACACCAGCCAUCUUCGACGAAUACACCCGCCGCCAAUAUGUCGCCAAAGCGCCCGAGCGAAAUCCUUUCGGUGAGGAGGACGAGCCCAACAAGUUCGACGACUUCGACAUCUUCACCAAAAUCCGUGUGCUGCAACAACUCUCCAUAUGGACAUUGAACAACCCCAACUCGAUACGAGAGAGGCUGGCAGCCACGGACAGCGAACAGACAUUAUGGCGCAUGGAGCCCACUGGCUGGGACUCAGAUGAUCGAGUUCUGUUCGUCCUAGACGACAACCGCAUGUAUCGCCGCACCGAUCCACCUCCGCCCGCGCCUCCACAGAAGGCCAAAGCCAAUCCCAAGCCAAAGGCAAAGAAGUCUAGAGGCACCCGCGCCAGCAAGCGCCAGAAUCAGUCAACACCAGAACCUGAAGGAGAGAUCGAGGAAGAAGAGGCUGCAGCCGUUCAAGAGCCAGAAGUGGUCGAGGACGAUGGUCUUGGUGGCAUGAAGUGGGAAUGCCUCUGCAUCACACUAGAAGACUACCACGAUUAUCUCAGCAGCAUUCGCAGAAGUCGAGACCCCAAUGAGAAGAUAUUAUACAAGCGUCUCAAGGAGGAGGUCAUACCUGUCAUGGAGGGACUAGCUGAAGAGCAGGCACGGAAACAAGCUCGCAAAGCAAAGGAACUCGAGAAUCUGCAGAAACUGGCCACCGCGAAACGCUCCUCUCGUAUCUCAGCCAGGGUUGAGAAGCAAAAGGAGGUUGAAGAGACCGAAGCUGCCGAACGCAAGAGGCAAGAAGAGCUUGCUAUGGCUAAGGCUGAGCAAGCAAAACAGAAGAAACUGGAAGAGGCGCACGACUCCCGCCGCAUGACACGGGAGCAGCGACUCCGUGAACGUGAAACCGCGAAGAUCCUCAAGGAAGAAGAACUCCGCAAGUUGCAGGACAACGAGCAGAAGCUGGCCUCCAACAAUGCUCGACUUUCCGAACGACAUCUCAAGGCGAUGAUGAAGCAACAUGAAGCAGACCUCAAGAGACUCAAUGAGGAGGAAGAUUGGUUUUUCGAUUGUGAGAAGUGCGGUGUCUAUGGGUCGAAUCUUAACGACAAUUCGCCACAAGUAUCGUGCGAGAAGUGCAACGUCUGGCAGCACGUCAAGUGCCAUGGUAUCUCCGAAGAAGAGGUGGAAGACUCCAAGUUCGAGUUCGUCUGCACGUCCUGCAAGCGCAAAGAGGAGGAAGCCAACAAGCCUAAGCUGCCACCGCUAAAAUUGCGAUUAACUUCAGCAUCACCAGCUUCGCAAGCGAACGGGGAAGGGUCUUCAGGCUUGUCACGCCGUUUGGAGUCUGUCUCGAUACCCGCGCCACGACCAACCUCGUCGCAAAGCCAUCAACCUCAUUUCCAGCCUGCGCAGCCCUGGGUAGAUGGACCUAGUCUGUCUCCUCGCGGCCAAGCACUUGGCCCUCCUGGCAUUCAGAACUCAGAAGCUGCUUACGGAUCGCCAUCUCGUCUCCUAGACGCCAGCUCUUCGCCUAUACGACAACGGCCAGCCUCUUCAUCGCGACCAGCCGAGAGCUCCUUCAGGUCGAAUGGCCUAGGCUCUUCACCGCCACCCUUCAACCUUCCGCGGGCGCCCAGAAGUCCGUUCAAGAGCAUACGCAUGCCUCUUCCCCAGCAAAACGGCAGCUCAUUUGGCCUAUCGAAUCCAUUCGGUCCAGCACAGCAUACCCCCGUCGCCCAGAGCUUCAACCAGAGCUUCAGCCGGCCAAGCACAGCCGCCGGACCCCCUGGAUCACCCGUAAAGCACUCACCCGCAAACUCCCCCCGCCCUGCGAACGGUCUCCCAGCAGUCUACAACUUCAACAGCCCGCACUCCUCCUUCCCACCCAGCUCCGCCCAGCGGCCCUCCUUCUCACCCAUAAAACACAGCUCGCCAGCGCCCAUGCCACAUAUGUCCUCGCCCGCGCCAGCACCAGUCCGCAUUGCUCCUUCGCCGAGCCAAAUGCCUGCGCAGAUACUGCCCGAUGCUAUUCCCGCGCCGCUGAAGCAUGAUGGUGCGAGGCCGAUGAGCAGUCAUGAGAUGAGCGAGACGCCGGUUUUCCCGCCAAUUAAGAGUCUGAAUCCGGAUGCGAGUCCGCAGAUUUUGAGUCCGCCGGUUAAGAAGAGUAGUCCGGCUCCGGAUAGGCAUCGGCUUGCGCCGAUUGGGGAGAAUGGGUUUGGGAAUGGAUCGCCUCAUUGAGCAAGAAAGGGUUCGAGGUGUCUGACUUCUUGUUUCGAUUGUCUUGGUUUUUAUGGGAUUGUUUUGCGCAGUCUGGAUCACUGCUUGCAUGCGCAAUGCGGCGUUAAUGAAGGGGUUGAACCAGAUAUCUGGGUUUUGCAUGUAUGGUAUCUUAACUUGCGUCUAGAGGCGGGUCGUGGCUGCUUGGAGGUGCGGUGAGCUGCACCUUCCCUUCUUGUUAAGUGUAUUACUACAUUCAGAGUGGAGAAGAGGAAGCAACAAACCACGAACAUUAUCAACGAUCUACAAGUGGCAAUUCACUG